AUGAUCGGACUUCAGCCCGUGCCGCCAUUUAGUGGCUACUGGUCACCCCAGACCAGCUUGAACAGGGAAGUCUCCGUGGUGAAGAAAUGGGCCCUGUCUAGCCAUGCACCACCCCUGGUCGUCGGAUCAGCUGGGGAGCUCUUGAUCCAUUACGAGUCGAGCCCUGCGACAGGUUACAGCUCCUGA